UAGUCACAGGGUGGAACUGGCAACGUCGCAUCACAAAAAGUUAGCUACGAAGUUAACCACAUAAGGUCAGUUUGCCAAUUCUUAACUAGGGGACGGGUGUGUCGCUUUAAAAUGCAUUUUUAAAUGUUUUUCGAUUGUUUUAAGCUUUAGUUUAAUAUUAAAGUGGUAAAAAUGGCUGGGGGGAAUUAUAUGUUGCAGUUGUACAAUGUUUUUCACUCAGGACAAGUGGAGCCGGGCAGUUUAUUCCAACGCAUGACAGGCGGAGUGAAGACCGGCAUCAUUCUCAAGGAUGUCUCCUUCACCACCCACAGCGGAGAAGUUACUGCGAUACUUGGUUCAAAAGGCAGCGGCAAACGCGCCCUCCUCGAUGUGAUCGCGCGCCGAGUGGCCUCGAAAGGCCACAUCCUCCUAGAAGGAGUCCCUCUAGAAGAGGAACAGUUCAAGAGUUGCUGCGCUCUUGUCCGUCACUCUACGCGUCUGCUGCCAGGACUCAGCGUUCAGCAAACUCUCGCUUUGUCGUUGACUAAGGUUUCCGGCUACCUAAAGUCCUCUAAGGUGAAACAAGUCAUGGCUGACCUGGCGUUAUCUCAGGUGGCACACAAAUGCGUGACAACCCUGACGAAAAGCGAAUACAGGCGGCUGGUUAUCGGAGUGCAACUCAUUCGGGAUCCAUUGAUCCUACUGCUAGACGAACCGACAUGGGACCUGGAUCCCUUGAACACGUACCUGGUGAUCUCCAUACUGUCCAACGCGGCCAAGAAAUACUCCACAGCCAUCAUACUCACUAUGGAGAAGCCCAGAUCUGACGUAUUUCCCUUCUUGGAUCGCGUGGUAUACCUGUGUCUAGGCGACGUAGUGUACGCUGGACCCACAAGAAACCUGCUAGACUACUUCGGCAGCAUUGGAUUCCCUUGCCCGCAGCUCGAGAACCCACUGAUGUACUAUUUAUGCCUCUCAACCGUAGACAGACGAUCUCGCGAACGCUUCAUAGAGUCCAACCAUCAGAUCGCAGCUUUGGUCGAGAAGUUCAAACUGGAAGGGCAGGCCAUCAUGCAGGGCAACGUCAAUGAGCAUAGGAUCAACCCCAAUAAGAUGCAGCUGGGGUAUGGCAAACCUAGCGGUGCUAAGGUCAUAUGGAUGUUAUAUGUGAGGAUGCUAGCUUCGAUAUUUAACUUAAAGAAGAAUGGAAUGAAGCAAAUGUUCAUGCGAUUGUUCUCCCUGCCCUUAUAUUUCUUGGUAUUAUGGGCUUUCUACUUUGAAGCGAAGGAUUAUCAAAGAGCCUUCAUCACGAAAAGUGGGCUUAUAUUCAACGCGAUGGUUGGAACAUACUUUAUCAGCAUAAUGAACACAAUUUGUUUAUACGGUCCCUAUAGGACGCGGUACUACCAAGAAUCGCAGGAAGGGCUGUAUAGCGGGGCCAGCUUACUGCUGUCCUGCAAUUUGGUCUCCCUGCCUUUUUCUUUCAUCAGCACUUUUGCGUCUGCCGCCAUCAUUUAUCCUAUUCUAGCAGACCUAACAGAAGGCCUGGACUACCUGUACUUCUCCCUCGUACUUUGGUCAUGCUACAUCUACGCAGAACAACAAGCCAUGGCUGUCAUGAUGUUCGUUCGCAACGGACUAAUCGCCGGCAUCGUCAACGUUUACAUCACCUGCGUCUACGUUAUGCUGGCUAGCGGAGUGCUCAGAUCCUACAAAGGCUUCGAAGACUGGCUCUUCUAUCUAACCUACAUCACCCACACUCGCUACGCGUCAAUCUUCUUGCACCGAAACGUGUUCAAACAGCCGCACUUCAACAUCCUCCCCUACAGCGACACGGAAAACUGCACGGCCAUCACCAACCUCAUCCAGACCUCUUCCAGUUUGAACACGAAUUCGAAUGCGAACUGUAGAUACGCGAGCGGCAAAGCGUUCCUCGCAGAAAGGUUCACAUCGAGGAGUUUUACUGGCGACAUCUAUCAGACGGGAGACAUGAACAUGGAAUUCAAUUUGGGAAUCAGUUUUGCGUUCAGUGUUGGCAUUAUGCUGAUGAAUAAGUUUCUUAAAUAUGUA